CUCUCGCUCCAGUCGUCCCCUAGACACUCUGCAGUGUCCUGGCGCCAUGGCCGUCUUGUCUGUGCGGCCUUCGGUCCUGGUCCUGGCCGGGCUGGGGCUGCUCCUUCUGCUGUGCCUGGGUCCAGGUGGCGUACGUGGAAACAAACUCAAGCAGAUGCUCCAGAAGCGAGAAGAACCUACUCCAGCCAAGACUAACGUGGCUGUGGCUGAGCACACCGCGAAGGAAUUCCUGGGUGGCCUGAAGCGUGCCAAGCGACAGCUGUGGGACCGCACCCGGCCGGAGGUGCAGCAGUGGUACCAGCAAUUCCUGUACAUGGGCUUUGAUGAGGCGAAAUUUGAAGAUGAUGUCAACUAUUGGAUGAACAGAAAUCGAAAUGGACAUGACUACUAUGGGGACUACUACCAGCGUCAUUAUGAUGAAGACGCAGCCAUCGGUCCCCACAGCCCAGAAAGCUUCAGACACGGGGCCAGUGUCAACUAUGACGACUAUUAACGCCCCUUGCUGAGGUGCCGCAGAACCUGCACCUUGCUUCAGAAGGCCUUCUCCACCCACACUGUGCC